AUAACUGCGAGUGCUUGAUGCAACACCGUGUACGGCUUCUUCUGCGCUGCUGUAUUAAUUUCGGGAUUCAGGGCGGCAGUUAUUACUUGAAAACUUGUUCACCGCGGUUCAUUAUCGUAUCUUUGCUUCGAGGUGUCAGAACUUGCAACAAAAGGGUCCCAGGGCAGCACAGAAAGUAAAUAAAAUCACACUGAAUGCCAGCCUUUUGACGGUAACAGAGGAGUGAGGUUUUUAUUUGACAUUAUGGGCUGUCCGAACGCAUACACAAACUGAAAAGGCAAUUAAUGGGUCGUCAAGAACAUUUCGCUGGACUGAUGUGCAGCGGUGAAAGCGGGAUGUAAAGCGGAGGAGGAAAAUGUGGAGUUUGGAAAAGGCUGGACUUGAAGCGAAAGGAGUUUUGAAAAAUUUGAACGAGAGCACAUCUUUAGAAACGUUGGUGUAUGUUUGAUUUGCAGAGAGGAACCCAAAGAGAUGGCUUCUCAGGUUGUGUGUGGAUUGAUCUUCAGAUUGCUUCUCCCAAUAUGUCUGGCAGUUGCCUGCAUGUUCCGGUACAACGGGCUGUCCUUGGUCUACCUCAUCUACCUCCUGCUCAUCCCCCUGUUCGCAGAGCCCACCAGGACCAGCAUGCAGGGCCACACGGGGCGCUUGCUGAAGUCCCUCUGCAUCAUCAGUAUGACCUUCCUGAUACUGCAGAUCAUUUAUCAGAUCACUAUAAGCAGCCUGCUUGCCAGGAAAGCCAUUGACCCCAACUUCAACUGUACAACGUGGGAGAAAUCCAUGCGACAACUGGGCUUCGACAGUGUGGAAGGAGCAGAUGCGGGUAAUGGCAUACGUGUGUUCAUCCCGGACAUCGGCAUGUUCAUGGCGGGAAUAGGUACCUGGCUGGUGUGCCGCAAGAUGGCUCUGAAGCCUGCCAGCGAGGACAUGGCAAAGGACAACAUCCACUUUGAAGGCGAGGAUCAGGGUGAGGAUGAAGAUGAGGAGGAAGAGACGGACGAGAAGCUGGGUCUGGAGGAGAGCAUCCUGCUCGACGAGGACUUCGACGCCGAGGACGAGCGCGAGGAUGACGAUGAAAUUCUGGACGAGGAAGAGGAGGAAGAAAAGGAGAGCACAAAGAUGAAGAUUCUUCACCUGGUGGCAGGUGCAGCGUCCAAAGUGAAGGAGAUCAUCGGCCAUCUCAUUACCACGGCCGGACAAGUUGUUGUAACAGUAUUACUGGGAUUUACAGGGAUCAUGCUGCCCUCGGUGACCUCAGCGGUCUACUUCUUCACCUUCCUGGGCCUGUGCACCUGGUGGUCUUUCGGGCGAACGUUCAACACCCUCAUGUUCAGCUGCCUGUGCGUGCUGAUGGCCAUCUUCAGCGCUGGACACCUGACCGUGCUCUAUCUCUACCAGUUCCAGUUCUUCCAGGAGAACGUCCUUUAUGACAGCGCCACCAGAGCGUUCGGCAUCAGCACCGUCAUCCAGAGCAACUGCUCCAACACGUGGCAGCUGAGCGUGCAUCGUGGCCUGAAGCCGCAGCACUACAUGAACCCCAUCAUGCUGCUGGUGCUGUACUACACCCUGGCCACGCUAAUCAGGCUCUGGCUCCAGGAGCCUAUCGCUCCGGUGUGUGAGGACGGAGGAGGGUGCGAGGACAGGGAGCUGGAGUGCGCCGAACACAUGGAGAACUCUGUGCAGAAGAAGAGGAGUCUGUGGAGGAAGGCGCGUUACGCCACGGAGGAGCGAAACCUUCUGUCCACACUGGAUGGCUACAGCAUGUCUGAUGCGAUGGUAGUGACCUCCAAUGGGAACUCCUUUGGGUUCAUCUCCCCUGACAACGGGCCGGGAGCUUUGGACCUGUACUCCACUCCGCAGUACAAAGUGGACCGGGUUGAGAAUGGGUCGGAAGAAAAAAAGGAAGACAUCGUCGUUGGGGUCAGCGAGAAGAGUGCAGAGACGGAAAAGCCAGAGGAGGGAAAAAAGCACACUCUGGCCACCAUUUUCAACUUCAUCAUGAUGCAGAGCUACAUCUGUGCUCUCAUCGCCAUGAUGGCCUGGAGCAUCACGUAUGUGAGCUGGUUCACCUUCGUCUUCCUCAUCUGGUCCUGCGCCCUGUGGAUUGUACGGGACCGGCGGAAGUACGCUAUGCUCACCUCUCCCUUCAUGGUGAUCUACGGUGACCUGGUGAUAGUGCUGCAAUACAUCUGGAGCUUUGAGGGCCAGAAGGAGAUUUCUGGGCUCUCCAUUGAAUCGAAGAGGCCUUUUCCAGAGCUGGCCUCAAAGAUGCUGUACCUCCUGACCUUCUGGCUCCUGCUCCGGCAGGCUCUCACUGAGAGGAAGCAGCGGCAGGAGAGGGACAAGGAGCCUGCAGCCCUGUCUGAUGUCAUCGUGGAAAUCCCCCCAAAGGAGGAGGAGGAGGAAGAAGAGGGAGGUGACGGUGAGAAGGAGGUCAUGAAGGUCCUGGGGAAUCUGGUGAUGUCCCUGUUCAUCAAGUACUGGAUCUACAUGUGCGGGGGGAUGUUCUUCUUUGUCAGCUUUGAGGGCACGAUGGUCAUGUACAAGAUCAUUUACAUGAUGAUGUUUCUCUUCUGCGUGGCGCUGUACCAGGUGAACUAUGACUGGUGGAGGAGGAUCCUGAAGUAUUUCUGGAUGUCUGUGGUGGUUUACACCAUGCUGGUGCUCGUUCUGAUUUAUACCUUCCAGUUUAAGAACUCUCCUGGCAUUUGGAAAAAUAUGACUAAGAUGACAGACCAGAGUCUGGAGGACCUGGGGCUAAAGCAUUUUAAGUUGGGAGAACUCUUCAAAAGAAUAUUGAUCCCCACCUCCUUCCUGCUGGUGUGCAACAUUCACCUGCACUACUUCCACGAGCGUUUUCUGCGGCUGACCGACCUGAAUGCUGUGGCAGCCAAGCAGGAGAGCAGCGUUUACAGACUAGCUCACCCAGACGGCAGCCUGGCUGACAUCACCAUGAUGAGCUCCUCCCCGGGGGCCAUGUCAAAGGAGGAGGAGGCUGGGGUGAAGGUUCAGCUGGAGCCGGAGGUGGAGAAGGAGUCCCUGGAGCCGGACAGCAAGGCUGGGAGUCGGGACCAAAGCAUGGGGACAGAGCCUUCUUCUGACCAGAGCUCAGAUUUGAAGAACAAGUGGCACCUGGUGGUGGACCGGCUGACGGUGCUCUUCCUAAAGUUCCUGGAGUACUUCCACAAGCUUCAGCUCUUCAUCUGGUGGCUUUUAGAGCUGCACAUCAUCAAAUUUUUGUCCGCCUACAUUGUAGCGGUCUGUAUCGAGGAGGUGUCUCUGUUUAAUUUGGUUUUUCUGGCGUGCUGGGCCUUCGCUCUCCCAUACAGCCAGCUUCGUCCUUUAGCCUCCUGCAUCUGCACCGUCUGGACCUGCGUCGUCAUCGUCUGCAAAAUGUUAUAUCAGCUCAAAUCCAUCACAGUAAACUACACACCCUGUGAAAUGAAGUUAAACUACUCAGUCGACAAGAGGAAUGAGAUGAAUGGCUCCCUCCUCUACCAGCCUAUAGACUCUGGGAAGUGGGUGGGGAUGCAGAAAACAAGCCCUCUGCUGGUGAACCUGAGGAACCACCUGUUGAUGUUGGCCUUCCUGGCUUUUGAAGUGACUAUUACCCGGCACCAAACAUACUUCCGGCUGAGAAACAACCUCAUUGUUCCCCCUGCAAGAAACAUCUUUCAUGACAUCACACACCAACACCUUGACGAUGGCAUUAUAAACUGUGCCAAGUACUUCAUCAAUUACUUCUUCUACAAGUUUGGUCUGGAGACAUGCUUCCUGCUGGUGAUCAAUGUGAUUGGCCAGCGGAUGGAUUUCUACGCCGUGCUGCACGCCUUCUCCCUGGGGGUGGUGAUGUACCGGCGCAGGAGGAAAGCCAUCGCUGAGAUCUGGCCAAAGUACUGCUGCUUCCUGGCCUGCAUGCUGACCUUCCAGUACUGCUUGUGCAUCGGCAUCCCUCCUGCAGCCUGCAAAGACUAUCCAUGGAGGUUUCCAGGUUCAACCUUGGACUCCAACAUGAUAAAAUGGCUGUAUUUCCCCGACUUCCACACCUGGCCUACUUCCAGGUUUCUCAUCUACGACUUCAUGCUUCUUCUCUGCGCCUCGCUGCAGAGGCAGAUCUUCGAUGAUGAGAACAAGGCGGCGGUGCGUCUGAUGGCUGGCGAUAACGUUGAGAUCUGCCGAGACCUGGAUGCUGCCGCCUUCAGCCUGCAGAACCCCGUCCCAAACUUCAUCCACUGCAGGUCUUACCUGGACAUGUUUAAAGUCAUCAUGUUCAGCUACCUCUUCUGGUUUGUUCUCACCAUCAUCUUCAUCACUGGCACCACCCGAAUCAGUAUCUUCUGCAUGGGUUACCUGGUGGCUUGCUUCUACUUCCUCCUGUUUGGCGGGGAGCUCCUACUCAAACCCAGCAAAAAGAUCUUGCGCUACUGGGACUUCCUGAUCGCAUACAACAUGUUUGUUAUCACCAUGAAGAACAUCCUAUCUAUAGCUGCCUGUGGCUAUCUCAAAACUCUGAAGGAAAAAAGCUGUUGGGUGAUACAGUUGUUCAGUCUUGCAUGUACUAUAAAAGGAUACGAAACAGUUGAAGUUACCCACUCAGGCUGCGAGAUGCCACGCGAUGAGGCCGGGAUAAUCUGGGACAGCAUCUGCUUCGCCUUCCUGCUGCUGCAGAGACGCGUCUUUAUGAGCUACUACUUCCUGCACGUGGUGGCUGACAUUCGUGCCUCCCAGAUCUUAGCAUCCAGAGGGGCGGAGCUGUUCCAGGCCAACAUUGUGAAAAGAGUGCGGGCCAGACUGGAGGAGGAGAGUAAGUCCAUGGACCAGCUCAAGAAACAGAUGGACCGCAUUAAGACCAGGCAAGAGAAGUUCAAGAAGGGCAAACAGAAGAUGCUAAGUGUGGCUGAGGGGUCAGGGGAAGGCCAGAACCUGGUCCAGGAAGAACCAGAACCAGAAAGGAAAGCAGACAAAGAGAAACCCAAGACCAAAAAAAAACUCUGGUGGCGGCCGUGGGUUGACCACGCUUCUAUGGUGAGAAGUGGGGAGUAUUACUUGUUUGAAUCAGACAGUGAGGAAGAAGAGGAAGAGGAGGAGAAGAAAGAUGAGGAAGGUCCAAAGAAAUCUGCAUUUCAGUUUUUGUACCACGCCUGGAUCACAAACCCAAAGACUGCCCUGAAAGAGCGCGGCAAAGGCAAACGCAAGUUCUGGAAGAGGUACACUGGAGGGUACUCGAAGAGGAAAGACAGGAAGGAAGAUCAUGUGGCUAUAGAGGUGGGGGAGCAGGAAGAUGAAGAGGGCUCGGAGGACGGAAAGAAAUCGAAUGAACCAGACAACAUCAUCAAGCGGGUCUUCAACAUCAUUAAGUUCACCUGGGUCCUGUUCCUGACCACGCUGGAGAGCCUGACCGUCUGGCUGAACUCCAUGUGCCGUGAACACAUCGACAUCUCCACCGUGCUGCGCAUUGAGCGCUGCAUGCUCACCCGCGAGGUCAAAAAGGGUAACGUGCCCUCGCGGGAGAGCAUCCAGGUCUAUUACCAGAAGCAGCUGCGACUGAACCUGUCCAGGGAAUCGGGGCUGGACCGGCUGGACGAGGAAGACUCCACGUCCGGCUCCCAUAGGGCCCGGCACAGACGGGCCGGGUACAGGAUGGAGAGCCAGGACUCCAUGGCCUCUCGGGACAGCAUGUCCAGCAACUACACAGAAGCCACCAUGCUGUUCUCCCGUCAGUCCACACUGGACGACCUGGACGGGAUGUCUGAGAGCAUUCCCAAAACCAGCGAGCGCGCCCGGCCCAAACUGCGCAAGAUGUACAGCCUGGACAUGUCCACUGCCUCCACCGACAGCGGCAGCAGCGCUGUGUCCAGCGAGGCCACACAGUCCAUCAUGCUGUACUCCCGUCAGGGCACCACCGACACCAUCGAGGAGGUGGAGGACGAGCAGGACCAGGAGGUGCACGCGCCCCACUCCCCCAGAGAAAGGGCAGAGGAAAUGACAGAUGAGGGAGAAUGGAGAGACGGGGCAGAGGAAACGACAGAUGAGGGAGAAUGGAGAGAAAGGACAGAGGAAACGACAGAUGAGGGAAGAUGGAGAGAAAGGGUGGAUGAAACGACAGAUGAGCGAGAAUGGAGAGAAAGGACAGAGGAAAUGACAGAUAAGGGUGGAUGGAGUGAAAGGGUGGAUGAAACGACAGAUGAGGGAGGAUGGAAAGAAAGGACAGAGGAAACAACAGAUGAGGGCGGAUGGAGAGAAAGGGUAGAUGAAAUGACAGAUGAGGGAGGAUGGAGAGACAGGGCGGAGGAAACAACAGCUGAGGGCGGAUUGAGAGAAAGGACAGAUGAAAUGGCAGAUGAGGGAGAAUGGAGAGAAAGGGCAGAUGAAACGGCAGAUGAGGACAGAUGGAGAGAAAGGGUGGAUGAAACAGCGGAUGAGGGAGAAUGGAGAGAAAGGGUGGAUGAAACGGCAGAUGAGGACAGAUGGAGAGACAGGGAGGAGGGCUGUGUGUCUGAGUCGGAGGCUGAGGUGUUGGUGCAGACAGCGGAGGAUAGCUUCCAGGGCAGGGAUGGGGACGGCAAGGCAGAUGAUGCUGGACCGGACCCGGUUGGGUGCGUGGUUCAGCUCACUCCGGAUACGGAUGGGGCAGCCUCCUACCCCACGGACGGCGAGGUCCCGCCCUCCUACAGCAAGGCCGUCAGCUUCGACCGCCUCUCCACCAGCUCCGGCGGCCUGUCCGUCAGCUCCGACACAGACGAUGAGAAGCGGCUGAUGAUCAUGACCCCCGACAGCCGGUCGGACGGUUUGGACGAGCCCCUGCUGCCGUCCAUAGCCCUGGAGCUGACCGCCAGCGAACUGCUGCUCAACAAGAUGUUCUAUGACGAGGAGCUAGAGGACUCUGAGAAGUUCUUCAACUCCCAGCCUCAGCUUAUGCAGCUCUGCUAUGCCAUCUACAACAUGCUGGUGGCCCGUUCCGAGAUGGUCUGCUACCUGGUCAUCAUCCUCAACCACAUGAUCUCUGCCUCCCUGGCAACCCUAAUCCUGCCUGUGCUCAUCUUCCUGUGGGCUAUGCUGUCAGUGCCUCGGCCCAGCAAGCGCUUCUGGAUGACCGCUAUCGUCUACACAGAGGUUACCAUUGUCAUCAAAUACUUUUUCCAGUUCAGCUUCUUCCCGUUCAACAAGAACCUUGAGAUAAGUCAGGCCAAGCCGUACCAUCCCCCCAACAUCAUCGGGGUGGAGAAGAAGGAUGGCUACGUGCUCUAUGACCUCCUGCAGCUCCUCGCCCUGUUCUUCCACAGAUCCAUCCUCAAGUGCCAUGGGCUGUGGGACGAGGAGGCCCCCAGCGAGGAGCAGAAGGACGGGCUGCACAAGGACGAAUCGGAGGACGAGGCGCAGGCGCUCAUACCGUCGCCAGACGGGAGGGGCUCUGUCCACUCGCUCAAGUCCAUCAACCUGGCAACCUCGCUGGAGUCGGUGCAGGUGUGCGUGCCCGAGCACCGUACGUACCAGAGGCGCAAGAGCUCCGGAACCAACUCCCACAUCACCCGGCGCUCAUCCCGCUCCAUCAGAGACAGCACGAGCACAAGGACAAGCAGCAGGAGGGGCAGCAUACCGAGCAUCCACCGGAAGACUCGCAAGGAGCUCCUCCUGGAAAAGCUGAAGGAGCAGCUGAUCAAAGCCAAAGCCUUCAUUAUCAAGAAAACCCUGGAGAUCUACCACCCCAUCCGUCAGUUCUUCUACAACCUGAUUCACCCCGAGUACAGUGCUGUAACAGACGUCUAUGUUCUGAUGUUCCUUGCCGACACGGUCGACUUCAUCAUCACUGUAUUCGGCUUUUGGGCUUUCGGGAAAAAUUCAGGGUCCGCUGACAUCACUAGCUCCCUGUCAGAGGACCAGGUGCCAGGGCCUUUUCUGGUCAUGGUUCUGAUCCAGUUCGGCACUAUGGUUGUGGACCGGGCCUUAUACCUCAGGAAGACCGUUUUGGGGAAGGUCAUUUUUCAGGUCAUCCUUGUCUUUGGAAUCCAUUUCUGGAUGUUCUUCAUCCUGCCAGGAGUCACAGAGAGGCGUUUCAAUCAGAACAGGGUGGCCCAGAUCUGGUACUUUGUGAAAUGCAUUUACUUCGGACUGUCGGCCUAUCAGAUCCGCUGCGGCUACCCCACCCGUGUGCUCGGCAACUUCCUCACAAAGAGCUACAACUACGUAAAUCUCUUCCUCUUCCAAGGGUUCCGCAUGGUGCCCUUCCUGACAGAGCUGCGAGCGGUGAUGGACUGGGUGUGGACCGACACUACGCUCAGCCUCUCCAGCUGGAUCUGUGUGGAGGACAUCUAUGCCCACAUCUUCAUCCUCAAGUGCUGGAGAGAAUCAGAGAAGCGUUAUCCUCAGCCUCGUGGGCAGAAGAAGAAGAAGGUGGUGAAGUACGGGAUGGGGGGCAUGAUCGUGAUGCUGCUCAUCUGCAUCGUCUGGUUCCCCCUGCUCUUCAUGUCUCUGGUCAAAUCUGUGGCCGGGGUGGUCAACCAGCCCCUCGACGUUUCGGUCACCAUUACCCUGGGUGGCUUACAGCCCAUUUUUACCAUGAGCGCCCAACAGAAUCACCUGCUUACAGUGGACAGUGCAAAGUUCAAAACCUUCAAGAACAAAUUCGAGGGUGAGGCUUUGCAGUUCCUGGACAAGUACACCCACGAUGACCUCACCAUCGCUGUCCUGGAGGGCAGCUCCAGCUCCCUGUGGACCAUUAGCCCCCCCAGCAUGCUGAACCUGAAGAAGGAUCUGAUCAAUACCAACGUCACUGUCACCAUCUCCUGGAUUAUCCAGAGGAAACUGAGUUUAGGAGCCAAAUCUGAAUAUGCAUCACAAAAAUACACCAUCCAGCUUGAUUUUGCAGUACGGGAUCAGAUCAAGAGUAUGUUAAAUGGAACAAGGAAUACGUUUGUGGUUAUACCAAAGCUCUUUCCACGCUACAUUCGAGCUCGCAGUGACUCAGAUGCCAGCCCUGUCAAACAAAUGUACAUUAAAGAUAAAAAGCUGACGGCUGAGGCUGAGAACCUCCGACUGACCUUGCACAGAGCCGACAACAGCUCAGGCGAUACCCAGUUAUGGUGGAUCGUCGAUCAAGAAAAUUCAGGGCAAAUCUCCCUUCCAAACAUGAAACAGGAUAGAGGGAAGGAGAAACUGGAGCUCUAUGUGUUCAACGAUAAAGUCAGUCCGCCGAGUUUGGGCUUCUUGGCGGGAUAUGGGAUCAUGGGCCUGUACGCCUCCGUGGUGCUGGUGAUCGGGAAGUUCGUGCGCGAGUUCUUCAGUGGUAUCUCCCACACCAUCAUGUUCGAGGAGCUGCCCUGCGUGGACCGCAUCCUCAAGCUCUGCACCGACAUCUUCCUGGUGCGGGAGACGGGCGAGCUAGACCUGGAGGAGGACCUGUACGCCAAGCUCAUCUUCCUGUACCGCUCCCCAGAGACCAUGAUCAAAUGGACCAGGGAGAAGGACGAGUGAGACCCAAGGCUCAAACCCCCGGCUGAAGAGUAGGUCAGUAAUAGAGAAAAGCACAAUCCUCCGAGCAGCAGCUGCUGUCUGAGCGGAAUGGACCUUGCAGUGGCCAGACGAGCUCCCGCCCGCACAUUCCCACUGCCCCGUACAACUGACUGAUCAGCAACGUAGCUGGCCUGCAGUGUCCGCUGCAGCCGUUUCCUUCAGCAUUACCCUGAAGAAUUUACAGCCGUCAGUCCACUUAAGGUUAAAGGUCUUCUCAGCCAUGGACGAACACCAGGACUUCAUGCUGGACAGGGAUUCCCCAGAUUCUGGCCUUUUCAGAUUAGAAUGAGUAUGAUCCCUGCAAGGUAAAAUGAAUGGUCCUAAAAGGCAGUCUGUUAUUUGAAAGAACAGGUAUUUCUGCAGUCAAAUCACGAGAAAGCAAAAGUGCAGCAGCUGACAGAAUGACACAACCCACUUUUUAAAGAUUGUUUUUCCUUUUCAUAAAUCCUCAAAAUGGUUUUAUGAGCAAAAGAAAUGGCCUUUGAGACACGACAAUCUUUACUUGCCUUACUUUCAACAGUAAAUUGAACAUGUUCAACAGUAAAUUGAACAUGCAAACAAGAUCUCUUGCUCAGGAAAAUACACCAUCUCACCAGGACUCUUCACUUCCAUUUAGUUUGUUGGACCACAUAAGCGUUUGCUGAUUUGGACAUUCAGUAAGUAUUACAGUAAGUAAGUAUUACAGCAGCUAGGAUGAACCAGGAUGGCAGAAUGAAUAUUUUUCAGGAUCAACAUGAGUGAGGAUGUAGGUAUUUAUAGUCGUUCACUGUUGGACAGGACAUCUCUUGCGAUUUAAGAGAAGUGUGCAGUCUAAGGAAGGACUACAUAACGCUGUAGGCUACUGCACUAAAACAUACUGGGAUUUCCAAAAACAUUUCAAGUUCAUUUCAGACUUUGAAGCCAACAAUUUAAAUAAAUUUACUCUUCAAGUGGUCACCCCUUUAGCAUAAAUCCAACAGAAGGAACCUAUACAUCAGAAUACAUUGUUGCAUGAAAGAGAAUUAAAUUAAAUAUUGCUAUGAAGAAUUUUCAUUCCAUGUACAUAUGUUUUUUUCUGGAAAAGAAAUGUGAAUAUC